AAACGUACAUUUGUAUCCUCAAAAAACAACGAAAGUUGUGCAAAUAUAAUAUAAACCGUUAGCGGCUAAACUUAAUCGUUGAGUGAAGUGUGCGAAUCGAGUACUGAGCAAGUAAAAUGCGCAGCAGCGAUUCCAGGGGUCAGCUUCGAAACCCAAAUACAACACUUAACCUGCGAACUUUCACACCGUUCAACAUAGCCAACUAACUUUUGUAGAAGAACAAGCAGCCGCAACCAAGUAUUCAUAUAUACAUUUAUACAAUCCUGUAUAUUGGACCGGACUAUUUAAAAAACAAACCCCCAAGAUAAUCGAAGGAUCGAGCGAUUCAACAGUACCAAGUAACGUACUAUCCCUAAGGAACAUCGAAUCCCAGGACCCCAGGAAGCGAAGUUGCCCGAUCAUAUUCAUAUUGCGACAAAUCUUAUAUUCCAAAACACUCCAUUAGCGUUUAGUUAGGACAGAUAUAUUUAUACAUAUACAUAUAGAUGUUUAACGUAAUUUUCAGUUAGGCGGCAGGUUAGGAACGAAGAAAAGCAAUAAACGAAGAACCUCAACGUUAGGCAUAAAGAUCUACCAACCUAGAUACCAGCAUAUAUAGUUUAUAUAACGGAAGCAAAUACAAAUCCAGCCCAGCCAAUUCGAGAGUGAGUUAAAACCUAUUAGAAUAUCAAAGUAUUCAAAUUUUUUAGCCGAGUUCUCUGUUAUCAGCUAGCACCUUUUAGAUCACCGCAAAGACACCUGUUUAAUUAGCAGAUACUUAGAUUUUGUACGUAGCUAGAAAGAUCUGAAAUUUUUGAUACUGCUCCUUCCGAUUAAUGCGGCCAGUUGCAGUUGCAAUUCCGGUCCGAGUUUAGAUUGUCGCAGUAGUCUAGUGUAGAUUCGGAUCGAAGUCGCAGGACAUCCCCCAGCCAUGGACGAGUCGCAGCCCAAGACCCUCUAUGUGGGCAACCUAGACAGCACCGUGUCCGAGGACCUGCUCAUCGCCCUCUUCGGCACCAUGGGUCCCGUCAAAAGCUGCAAGAUUAUUCGGGAGCCUGGCAACGAUCCGUACGCCUUCAUCGAAUAUUCAAACUAUCAGGCAGCCACCACAGCUCUGACCGCUAUGAACAAACGACUCUUCCUAGAAAAGGAAAUUAAGGUUAACUGGGCUACCAGUCCCAGCAAUCAGCCCAAAACAGACAUCAGCUCACAUCACCACAUAUUUGUAGGCGACCUCAGUCCCGAGAUUGAGACGGAGACACUGCGUGAGGCGUUCGCCCCCUUUGGAGAGAUCUCCAACUGCCGGAUCGUGCGCGACCCGCAUACCAUGAAGUCCAAGGGCUACGCCUUUGUGUCGUUCGUUAAGAAGGCAGAGGCGGAAAACGCCAUCCAGGCGAUGAACGGCCAGUGGAUUGGGUCGCGAUCGAUACGCACCAACUGGUCCACGCGCAAACUGCCCCCGCCGCGCGAGCCGUCGAAGGGCGGUGGCCAGGGCGGCGGCAUGGGCGGCGGACCAGGCGGAAAUGGGUCCGGCGUAAAGGGCAGCCAAAGGCACACCUUCGAGGAAGUGUACAACCAGUCGAGCCCCACCAACACCACCGUCUACUGCGGCGGCUUCCCGGCGAACGUCAUAAGCGACGACCUGAUGCACAAGCACUUUGUCCAGUUUGGUCCCAUUCAGGACGUGCGGGUCUUUAAGGACAAGGGCUUUUCGUUCAUCAAGUUUGUCACUAAGGAGGCAGCAGCCCGCGCCAUUGAGCACACGCACAAUAGCGAGGUUCACGGCAACCUGGUGAAGUGCUUCUGGGGCAAGGAGAACGGUGGCGACAACUCGGCCAAUAACCUCAAUGCGCAAGCCGCUGCGGCAGCAGCCUCGGCCAAUGUUGCAGCCGUGGCAGCGGCAAAUGCGGCGGUUGCCGCUGGAGCGGGAAUGCCAGGCCAAAUGAUGACGCAGCAACAGAUUGCCGCCGCUACCGGAGCGGCGAUACCCGGCCAAAUGAUGACACCCCAGCAGAUUGCAGCCGCCACAGCAGCGCAGUAUCCGUACGCCUACCAGCAGAUGGGCUACUGGUACCCUCCAGCGGCUUAUCCCACAACCCAGAUGCAGACGCAGUACAUGCAGCAGGGCUACUACCCCUACGCCUACACCACCAGUGCUCAGCAAGCGGGAGGUGUCCCUGCCGGUUACCGCAUGGUGCCGCCGAAUGUGGCAUGGGGUGUGCCCGGAACUGUGGUGCCCGGCGUAACGGCCGCAGCCUCCGCGGCCGCAGCAGCGAACGGUUCACUUGCCCCCCAGAUGAUGUACAGUGCUGCAAUGCCACAAUACCAGACCCAAUGAGCUGAGAUGUGACGCCAGCUUCGACGCCGUCUGCAGCAUCCGGGCAGUCGCCCCCAGCCGCAGCCACAACCACCACUGCUGCCCCAGCUGACGCAUCUGCAGCAGCUGCAAGCGCAUUACGCACGUUUAGGUUACGUACAAUACCGAGUAGUCCCAGCCAAGUCGGAACCGCUCCUGGCCCUGCCGGUCAGCAGUAGCAGCAACAUCGGCGGCGGCGAGGCAGCGGGAGAUUAGAGAGGAGCACGAGUAUCCAGUUGGAGUUGUGGCUACGGUUGCGGCUGAUUGCGGUGGGCGGAAGCGGAUUCGAUGGUUAGGAGGGUCUUUUUUUUAACCCUCCUCCCAAGUCGAAGGUCGAGGCGGUGCGUGAAACUCAACUUAAAGUAAACCACGCCGGCGACACCUGAAACGACAUCAACUGAAAAGCUCUGGGCGAUGGGCGGGUAGCUGUAACAAUCUAAUCCAAUCUAAGUACGUGUUAAAAUAAUUUAAUGAUUUGUAAUUUAAGCAGAUAUAGGCGUAUAAACGAAACGGAAACAAAAUAAACCGAAUGAGAAAUUCAACAAAAACAAACAGAACAGAAAAAAGGCAAAUUACGCGCGACAACAGAGAAGAAUAUAAAAAAAAACACAAUCGAAACAAAAAACGUGACAGCAAAUUGUAAUUGUAAUUAUGUGGAACAUGUGUCAACGAAAACUGAAGACGAAAACUGAGGCGUCAGUAGGAUGAAAGGAUAGCCACAAGCAAGCCGAAUGCAAAAAAAAAGAGGAAAAACAAAUUUAGCCACUAAGAGAAUGUAAAUUCGAGCAUACAUAUUGUAUAUUUCCAAUGUGGAAAACGAAAUGCGAUAUAAACAUGUAAAAUGUAAAAUAAAGAAACAAAAAAAUAUAUAAAACAAGUGAGAAAACGAA